AUGCCAAAGGCGACGCCGGGAGAAGCAGAAGGCCCAGAAGCAGGAACCUGCGAAGAAACCCGACACCCCUCUUGCACUCCGGCUGUCGCCAAUGUUUUAAGUCAUACUAAGGCUAAAGCCAACGCCCCAGAGCGGAAGUCUCAGCGAGUUUGGAAUCGCGCGUAUGACGAGCUUGCAAGUGAUGAGGCGGCCACAGACCUGCAAAGCAUCAAAAGCGAUGUCCAUGGUAAAGAUCUACUAUUUUCGGACGAUGGGCGGUAUUUGAAGACAAGCCAGAGGUUGUAUACGCUGGCGUCUGGUGUUCUGGCUCCAUCCCCUGACCCUGAGCUGUCCCGGUCUGUCCUGUAUAAUGCCCCGGCAUGGGUGAUGAGAGGUGACCAGAAGCUGCUUUAG